AUGAAUAUAAAGAAUUUGUAUAAUGUGUUGGUUGUGUGCCUCCUUGGCAUAGUGUGCUCCUCCUGGUUUAAUGAAUCGGCCGUCAGUGUUUCGGCUGCUUCCCUUGGAGUGAACAAUAAUGACAUAAAUUAUGAAGAUGACUACUACAACGUCGUACAGAAGGAUUUAACACCGUCCUACUCAUUCUCCCUCUCACCAGCAGAUGGAGGAGCAAUUCGAAAAAGGAGAUACAUCUUGGAUGUACGAUCCUUUGGGAAAACGUGCCUAUUGGAGUACGAAAACAUUUGUGAAACUGCAGACUAUUCUAUCCAUGUGAUGAAUGGAAUAAGCGGUCAUGUUAUAAAGGCAACAUUGAUUCAAAAAGAAUCAAGUGAUCUUGUCUCUGUACAUAACUUGGUCGACACCUUCUCUAAGGAUGGAAGUGUCCAAUUUAAUUUUAAAGGCAUUCCAUCCCUACAUUACAGUGUUGUAUUGGAAAUGUCGGAUUUGAUAAACAAUGCAGAUUAUGAUAUUGGGAAGAAUUGCCACUGUCUUGGAUGCAGUGACAAUACGAGAGUAAUUGACUUGAGCGAAAUGGAAAAUAGGAUCACACACUCCGUAAGAAGUGACAAAAAGAAUAAAAUCACAUUUCCACAAAAAUCAUUCGUCCAUGGAAAUUUUUUAUUUAGCAAAUUCGUAUAUUUCCAUUCUGAACUAAAUACAAAAUCAAUUGAAAAUUAUACACAACUAUAUUCCUUCUACAACGAAUUAGUUUAUCCCUGUUCAGGUACGAUUAUGACACACUCGAUGAAUUAUAACAUCCAUUAUGACUUAUCCAGUGUACAUUGUUACCAUGUGCAUAUGGUUGAUAAGUUUAUCAAAAAGAUAGAGUCAACAACAGCUGGGGAUGAAAGAGCCAGCGGGAAUUCCACGAUGAAUUUCAUGAGUAGUAGCAAUAGCCACCCCAUACUUAUCAAAUUGGAGGAUAGACUCUCAAGUGACAAGAUGGUACAAAUUGGAAGAAUGAACUACACAAUUCAACUUCCCUUUAAAUAUAAGGAUGGUGGGAAUUACUCACCCAGAGGAAGUGUCGUCGGACGGCUUGUCACAAUUUACACACAUCACGUCCUUUUUCAAAAAAAAUACGUCUAUAAGAAUAACGUGAACAAUCGAAUGGAAUACGUGCACAUGUUUAGAAUUCUUUUUAAUUUAUUCAAGGAGUUGUAUGACGUUCCGUAUGAAGAUAUGUUGUUCUACACUACCGGUUUGUCGAUGAGAAAGGAGGGAAACAUUUCUUCCUCCUCUUCCCACGUGGAUCAGGAUUAUAAUAUAUAUGCCGAGGAGUUGUCCGUACUGUUAAAUUCGUUGGCCUUUGAGUUCAGCGUCGAGGCAGUAGGUCUCAACAGAGAAAUAAUUGUGAAGGAGGAAUCCCAGUUUGUGUCAGAAUAUGGAUCGGACCACUUCGCAAAAAUGAAGGCGAAUCAACUUGUACUUAGAUCUUCUAGUGAAAUAUGUUUAGUGGUUCUGGAAUCUAUCGCUCGUGAGUUGAGUAAGUUCAUAAACUUACGCUUGAAACAGGAGUAUAGACAGACGUGCAGCACUAUGAGACAGGGGCACAGUUAUGCGAACAUAUCCCCCAUGUAUCAUACGUAUGAGUUAGAUUGUAACCUUUCUGUUUUGUACUUGGAAUAUAAUCUGACUGAAGAUGUUAUGGUAAAGCGCCUCAUAACGAACAAAACGCUAUUUGAGGAGGUCAAACUGGAGCUCUUUUACAACAACAUAUUCGGGUACACUGUGUAUUUGCAUGUGCAGGUGGAUGACAAGUUUGUGCGAAGUUUGACAAAGCGCGUGCCGAAGUAUGUAAACGGAAGUACCGUGGUGACGAUGACUGUGUUAGGUAGAAGAAUCGACGCCGUGGACACUUCGGACGUGAUGGUAAUUCUGAAGGAAAUUUCCUUUCCCAUUCACUGCAGGGAGAAUUGCACUAGUAAGCAUCCCAUAGUGGUAGAAGACAACUUCGAUUACAUAACGGUUGGGGACAUAUGUUUGGAAAAUAAUGGAUUGCCCAAAGUUUGCUUCCCCGCGUACAGUUUCGGGUACGUGUUCGACACGAGGUUGCUGCGAGUACACAUGCUGAGCAUCAAUCCGUAUCCCGAAAUUCUGCUGACCCCUUCGGUGCAGGUUUCCAUCGUUGAGAGCUCCUUUUGCAUAUUGACACCCACACUUGGAGAGAUUGUUCCCAGCGUUUCUAUCCCUCAUGUGUACCAGGACACGGUGUGCAAAGAGUACAUCAACAGGUGUAGCCUCCUAACGACGAAGUUCGUGCUGAACGAUGCGGGGUCGAGGCCUGGGAGCGCGGUUGCGGCUCUUAGGAAGAACCAAUUUGGAGUGCAUUUGUCAACUCACUUUGAUGAGAAACACGAAGAGAUGAUUCAGGUAGUGUAUAAUUUGAGUGGGAGCGUCGAAGAAAGCGGCGGCGAGCAGAGUUUCAUCCUGACUCACUACAACGACAGCUUCUACAUAAACGGACGGUCGAACAAAAUGCAAUGGACACGCGCCAAGGAGUCGUUCUCAAAGAGUGGAUUCCUGGGGGAAAGAGCUUUGACUGAUAAUAGUAGCGAUGACGACGAUGAGGAUGAUGAUGCGUAUUACAAGGGAGUGUCCCAUAUCGACACCAAAACGCACAGGGUUCACGUGGUCGAAAACAAAAAAGUAGCGCUAACCCACAUGCAGACGCCCAAACAGAACGAUGCCACACUUUACCCCCCUUUUGGAGAAAUCAGUAUUAACUACGGGAAAAUCAGGCCUAAUGUGUAUAUGAAAUUUUUGAACAGUUACAUGUACUUUUACGAUGGGGCAGAAAUAUACAAUGAGGCAGACACGUCGCCCCAUUUUGUGAAUGUGUCCCCAUACCAGUAUGAAUGCUUGGGAGCAUACGCCUACUUGAUGAAUAAAUUCAACAUCCUUGUGAAUGAUUCGCUAAAUUGUGACGCGAUCCAGAUGAUAAUCGAAGUUUUGUUGAAGGCCAACUUGGGGAAAUAUUUCAUCCAUCAAAAGAACAAGAAGAUACACUUGAAUUUUUUCAAAAAAGAUUACGAUUCCCACGAUGUGUUCGACUUAGUACACAUGGAAAUAUACGAAGCACAUGCACCUUUGAAGCCGGUGAAGACAUACAAAUUGAAUGUUAGCAUUGAUGAAAAUAACUUAAACUUGUUGCACAAGCACAGGAAUGUUGAGUACCCGAACAAGUACUUCUCCAACGUGUAUAUACUUAUGUUUAAGGCGGCCUACUUAUCUAAUGGAUACAACUUUUACACAUUCUUCCAUGACCUCACCGGAAUUCGCCUCAUCGACAGUUCUGUCGUGGAGCAAAUGGACACGAUGAUCCCCACGGAGAUAGAAGCUGUCAAAACCAUACAGUCUAUUUUGAAAGACAAGUUGCAAGUAUCGGUCGAAAGGCACACCACUCGGUAUGAUUCGCUGAUAAAUGAGAUAUCUCUCUUGGCUGCGUAUGUCACGGAGUUAACGUCGUCCUAUAGGAAGGUCACGCAGAGGGACCACAAUUUGGUGGAAGAAAGGAGAAGAAAGGAGGAAGAUAAGAAAUCCCGAAGGGUGUCCGAGGAGGAGCCCCUGGUAGGAAUCAAAUACUUUGUCUACGUAGACGAAUUCAAAUUCAAGAGCGAGAAGGAAAUCACAGCUCAAGAGAUGGCGUACUACCUUGCCAAACACGGCGUCCUCAUGAUCAAGAAGAAGUCUUUGUGCUGUUCGAACUUUGUGGACGAAGUGGAAAAUUCUUUGUAUUAUCACAUUAUAUACAGAUACAUUGGGGAGAGUCUAAAAAUUGUAGACGGUAUGGAAGAUCAUAAGAUCCUCCAGAUGGUGGAGAACUCUUCCUCCUUCCCAGGAGGAAUAGGGGCCAUGGGACACAGCAUAGUGCAGAAACUUCUGGGCCGAGAUGUAGGUAUCUCGGUUGAGAAAGGAAUCUGGAGUGAAGGGGACGUUGAGUAUAUGGCCAACUGGAUAAUGGGCGAAUCUGGUUACAUAUGGCGCAAGGACCCAGAGGCUCGGCCAUCCAUCCACGUGAAUUUCCUAGAUUGCAUAAACAUGGAUCUGCAGAACCAUGAUGAAAACCUGAUCACGGAGUUCUCGUCCGAAUUUGACAAGCAUGGUGCGCUGGUGUCCAUCAUGAUGAAGAAGUGGGAAGAGUUUGCAGGAGCGGCGGAAGCACCCUGUUCUGAGGUGGAUACAACCACUUCCCACAGAGCCCGGGGCGACAAAUAUGCCGUCUACUUCCUCUUCAGAAACUUGUCCGUCCCCUUCGUGGGAGAGACACACAGGACGGAGACCCUAGGAAUGCGCAGAGUGCUUCUUCUGAAGGGUGGCGACCCACAGACAGUGACAAACGAGUCUGUGCUUUUCAAAGUUUACAUCGACAACGUAGAUAGCAAUUCCAUUUUUAUGUUGGAGAAGGUUAUCUUCGUUUCGAAAGAGGGCGACAAGGUGGUGAGGGAGAUGAACGUAGAGUACCAAACCUUCUUCGUGCACCCAUACAGCAUGAUCUUGAAUACAGAAAUUAGAAACACACACCUAGGAGUGGACGAAAUUUAUUACGGAAAAAGGUUGGAGUGCCAUCAUUACCAUAACGGGCUACAGGUAUGCAACAAUCCGCAGUUCGACUACGAGGGGUUCUCUCCUUACUACGUGUCCUACCUUGAAAAUAACCAAAGGAAGGACAUUUUCUUCAUGAGCAACGAAGAGAUAGCGAACAUAAUCAACAAUGCGUACCUGUCUGUGUCGAAGAGGUUCCAACUUAACAUGGGAGGAGACAUGAUGGUAGCAGAUAUUUACCGAACCGUCGGCAUCAUCGUCGAGGAAGUGGCCUACUCAGUGGGCAUACAGAAUCUAGGAGAGAAGUCUUGUGGAACCCUCUAUUUGAACAGGGGACAAUUACACGUUCCAAAUGAUGGGAAAUCUCUUAUUUCGAACAUUUUCUACGACACGAACUACUGCAUUGAUAGAGGGGCUGUUAUGAGGGAGAUACUUAAAAUAUGUGACUUCGAGAAGAAGGACUUGGUGAAGUUAUUCGACAAUCUGUAUAACAACUUGUUGCCAUACCAGUUGAACAAGAAAUUUGCCGACUCUCUAACCAGAGAGGAGGUUCUCAGCCUGAUAUACUACUUCUCGUCUGUUCCUCCUCAAGUGAACGACCUGGUUAGGGAGAACUCGAUUUUUCUGGAGAUCGACGACAUGAGCAGUUUGAGGGAGGAGGGUUUGUCUAAGACUAGCGGAGGAGAGGAACAAGCAUUCAAAGCAUUAGAAUUGAUACCUUCGGAGUCUUACAUGGAUGUGCUUCUCAUAAGCAGGAGCAUGUUAUCCCCGAAUGGACUGCACGAAGAGUCGAUCAUACAGUUCAACGUGGCGCUGUACACAGAGCUGGUGAAGAAUUUCCGCCACUUUCGCGAGAAGAGUGGGAAAAAAGUGGACAGGGAAGACGAGGUGACAAGCGCGGCGAAGGACCAGGAGAAGGAGUUGACCCUCCAAAUGAAGAACUACCUACAGAGCAACCGCACCUGCAGCGCAAUCGGCAGUUCGUUGGUGCGCCCCGAAUUUUCCAACGCCGGGCCGUUGUUCAUGCCAGACGAAGGUUUGACGUACAACUCCCCAAGCUUCACUUACACGGACCGAGACAUCUAUGUGAGAAAGCAGCCAGAUAUUCACAGCUCAUUCAACAACUUGUUUUUAUAUGAAGGACAGAGUACUGCAGAUGGAAAGUACCUGAGCGCAAUAGUGGUUCUUUCUCCACACAAGUUUUCAUCCCUCGAGAAAGUUACUUAUAUAGGACUCCUAGCCAACACAUUUGACGACACGAAACAGUUCGAACUGAAGUGUUACCCUCAUGUGAAGUACGACACGACGAACUUUUCAACACAGUUCAAUUUAGAACCCAACACAGUGUACUUGGUCUGUAGAAACAUGCCCGUGAAAUUUCUGAGAAAUGGGCUUUACGAGUUUAAUAAGUACUUGGUACACUACGACACGCAUUCUAACGGCACGGUCGAUAGGCAAAUCUAUGGAAAUAUGCCGAUAAGGCCAGUAUACGAAGUUAGUAAUGACCCGAAGACGGUGAUUCCCAAGGCAGAGGACAUCCGCAUUAAGGUGAACCUUGUACAGAACAUCAGUACAUCUGUCACGAACGAAUCGAUAGUGGAGUACCAAAUAGAGGUGAGUGGAUUGGUUGAUCUGCACACUGAUCCGUAUUCUGUGGUGAAACCGGUCUUUACGCACAGUUCGUACUUGUACAACACGAUUAUUUAUACGAUCGACGACUUCAUGACAUAUACAUAUCCAAGGAAUUUGAAGCAUUGGGAGUUUUCUAAGGUCCCCUUUAGCAAAAAUCUGUUCAAGGACAACGCAGUUACCUUGAGAAAGGUACAGUGCAAUACGGAGAAAGGUGUGGAAAAGAGCUCUAAGACACACUGCGUAUAUUCGCUGGUGAUGGUUAAGUCGUGCACCUUGAUGAAGGUCAUCAUAAGGGAUCUGUAUGGGAACGAGUACGAAGUGAAUUUGGACGAGGAGGACCAGUCGCUCGGAAGCGAGAUGGAGACCAAGCCGGCUAAGGAGGUGGCUGAGCCGACUAAGGAGGAGACCAAACCGGCUAAGGAGGAGAGCAAGCCCGCUAAGGAGGAGACCAAACCGGCUAAGGAGGAGAGCAAACCGGCUAAUGAGGAGACCACGCAGAACAGCGAACAGCCGUGCACCCCCUUUGUGCUAACCAUACGGAGGAGAAGCAGUGUCGCCCAGGGCAAUGAUGACGCCACCUCCAUAGGGGACAGCUUCUUCCUUGUGUACUCGCCGUACAUGAUGACGGAAGGUUUCGUAUCACUGACCAUAGGGGAGGAUAUGGAGACGUACUCCACGGAUUUGGAAGACAACAACCUGAUGAGUGCGGAAGCGUUUGCGGAGAUCUACAAAAUUAUUAACAGGAAGAUGAAACUACUGAAGGGAGACUACUGGGUAAGAAUUUCUAAAAGCACCCAAGGGGGCAAGAUGGCAGAUAAGGAUAUUUUGGUGCAAAGAGUGAAUGAAGACGGAUCGGCCUACAACCAGAGGGACGUUUCUAACUUUUGGAAGAAGGGGUUCAAUGUGGACUUGUUUGGGAAAAGGAGACAAGAUAAGCUAGAGCUUUAUCAAGAGGAAAAACUGGAACAGGAAAAGAGCGAUCAGGAACGACGGGAAGAACUCGUCCAGGUGCAGUACGAGAGAAGAAUCGACUAUCUGAUAAACAUUAGGAGGACAGACACACUUACGGAUGGCAAAAAAGAGGCGUACGAACACAAGUACACGCUAUUUACCGGAACGCUAAACUCCAGUGUAACUUCCGUGGUGGUGAAAGACGGAAAGCUGAGCGCGACGUGUUUAGAGGGAGACUGCAUUUUGGAGAAUACCUUCAUUGAGGAAAUGCUGAACGCGAAGAACCUGAAAAACGGCACAUACGAAUUAGACAUAAAGAAGAGGAUACAAUUGACGAGGAGCCAGGAAAAUGACAGGCAAGAUGUGCCACUAUCAUCGUCGUCAUCCUCCUCCCUGAGAGGGGGAAGCGCACGCAACGGUCGUACCCUCGUGUGCAUUGUGGAGAACUCGUUCAACACGCUAAGUGGGGGCAUGAAAUUUAGGAAGGUAGUCCAUGUGGGAGGCAAGGAACUAAGCGCAAAGGAAGGUACCUAUGACGUGUUUAUAACGAAGGGAAAGUACCUAGUGACGAAGGGUAGCAACAUUGCCACUGUGGAAGAAUCUGAGGUGGUGAAAAAGUGCAUUAGCAAAGCGUGGAAGAUAAAGGGGAAGACGGACUAUAAGUUUGCAGUACAACUUAGCACCAUUGCUGCUGGUAAUGUAGACAAGUUAGGCGAUGAACACCCAGCGUUGAUAGGCGACGAUGAGAAGGAAUACUACCUUAUGGUGAACAAGUUGGGACAAGCGAACAUGCCGUUAUAUGAGAAAAACAGAAUCACACAUUUUGUUGGAAGGAAGGGAUUAGUCAGUGGGAAGUACAUUGUGCACGUGAAUGGCGAAAAGUACGUUACGAAUGCGGUGAAGCUGAUAAGUGACAGUGCACAAAGAACUGUUGAGGAUACUACGACACCUCUGGAAAAAGCGACCGAUGGGGAUGAGUAUUUCUUUCAAGACCUAUUCAAGAUGUUACAUAAGAAGCCAAGCAGCGGGUCGUACUAUGUAGAAAUUUCAAACAGCCAAAUUGAAGAUAUGAUCAGUGGACUGGUAUACACAGAUAAGAUAUUGUUAGCUGAGGCGGCGGCUACUACUACUACUACUACUACUACUACUACUACUUCUACUGGUGACAUGAAAGAUGGACAGGAGGAAGAAGUGGACGACGAUGGGGAUAACAACGUUAAAGCUUACUUAGUGGAAGUAGUGAGCCACACGGAAGACGACGAAGGAUUUGCUGAAUACGAAGAAAUAUACAUCCUACAUGGAUACACCUUAAAAAGCGGGCAGUACAAUAUAGAGUACAAAGAUGGUGUGUGUACACUGAAGAGUAUAUUGAAUGGAAAUGUAAACGCACGUUCAAGCGACAUGGAAAAUGUGCUAAAGAUAUCAAACAGGAAGAUGAACAACAAUGAUGGUUACUUUGUCUUCAUCAGAGAGAUUUCCCUGGAUGCACAAGGCGACUACAUUGAUAAGCUAUAUGGCUCCCUAUGGAAGGAUAAUGGCAAAAGUGCAAGAGGAUACCUCGGCGGUGUUUUCGGCGGGGAAGGAAUAACAGAGGAUGGUAGAAAGCAGAAUGGGAAAGGAGCCUUAUUCAAUGACGACUUUUGGAAUCAUGUGAUGAAGAAUGUGCAUAUGAGAGAGCACUCCACAGGAAGCGGGAUAAUACCCUCCGUUAGCGCGCAUGAGCAAAAGGGUUCAAAGGAAGAAGGUGAUCGUCCCUUUCUAGCAUACGUUUAUUUGGAUAACGAUGGAGAAGGAAACAGCUGCACGUUUAGGAAAGUUCUACAGGGAUGGGGGACUGGAUUGGAAAAGGGCAAAUACCAAGUAAAAGUGCUAAACGGUUCCUACAUUCCAACAACCAUACACGGUCCCAGUGUGAAUAUUGAAUACUUGAAGAUGCUCAUACAGAAUGCGUGGGCAUAUCCAGACAGAAGGAUGACUGAUUUCCAUGUGGAUAUUCACCCAGGAAAUUAUCUUAAAGCAGAACAGGGGAUGGAAAGCACUCUUGAUGAAGGGGAGGCCUAUUAUAGCGUCAGCAUAAAGCAGUUGAAUGAUGAUGAACUUAACGGGAUGCAUUCCACAGGACAAGGAAAGAAGGCGGAGGAAGAACUCAUUAAAAUGGCCGGAAAAAAUGUACCUACAGGAGAGUACAUCAUAGAAAUGACUGAUGAAAAGGGCACCGUUACUGGAAUGGACGCAAAUGGCAAAAAAAUGGAUGUUCCUUUUCUGAAAAAUGUUAUCACAUUUUUGUAUGAUAGGAUCAAGAGAGGAAAGUACCAUGUGGUGAUCACUAAGGAUGUAAAUCCUAUGAAGAUUGAGCAGGACGCCGCCGUGGAGAAAGAAGUGCAGAAUAAGACCUUCCUGCUGACUGAGGUGAACCAUGUGGAUGAACUCGAGAUUGUGGAAAAAAUGGAAACGAAAAUUAUGAAGAUUAAGGUGCACCCGGACAGUAAGAUCCAAGAUGGGAGUUACGGAAUAUGGGUUUACGAAGAUGGGACAAUGAAUAUUAGGGGAAUAUACAUGGGUAGCUCAUUUGGCCCAUCGGAAGAGGAAGAAUUGAAGAGAGUGUUAUUAUCUUCCCCUGAAUUCAGUGGAUUGUCUAGCGGCCUUUACUUGUUGCAAGUGAAGAGUAGUGUAAAGAAGGUGGUGGUAGAACCUAGGAGCAACUUCAGGGAGGAUAGGGACACAUCAUCAAGGAGAGAUUCGUCUUUAUCUGAUUUUCCCGCGUGUAUGAACAGCCCAAGGGGAAAGAAGACCUCCAUGACAUUAAUGAAUCAAGAUGGUAGUGUGGUGUACUAUGACAACCAGCCAGAUGCCAGCGGUCGGAUACCUCUUCCAUCUGUCAAGGGAGGAAGGAAAAUCACUCAGUAUCAGCGAGGAAACUGCCAAGAUAAUAUAAAGAUAAGACACUGCACGUCCUCUGACCCAAGCAACUGCAUGAACCUGUUCAAGGCCCGAAGGAUCGGAGACAUGGCCUGA